UUCGAGUACACUUUAAAAACAAAGAAAAAGAAAGCGAAGAGAAGCGGGGAGAAGGAAGUUGUAAUCAGAAAGGAUCUAUUUGACUAUGAGAACGAAGACUCGCCUCGGGGGCCGGCCUAAACCCUGCACCUCGCCCACCGCCACUACCAAUAGGGCACUUCCUCUCCUCCACGAUCAGCCGGAGGAUUUUAUGCAAACAAUUAUGCAUGAAAUGUCGAGUGCGUGCAACGAGGGGCUUCACGAUGAUUCAGCUCUUAAUUUGAAUGAAGAUACUGUUGAUUGUAUGGAGAUAGAUUCUUUUAAGGAGCGGACUUGUAUAAGGUGCAAUCGAGGUGGAGACGUCUUGGUUUGUCGCGAAAUUGGCUGCCCAAUUGCUCUCCACGAAAAGUGCGUGUGCUUUAAGCCUAAAUUCGAUGCCUUUGGUCGCUUUUACUGUCCCUAUUGUUCCUACAAACGAACAAUGGUAGAAACUCGACAAUUUAGGAAAAAGGCUAUGUUGGCAAAGAAAGCUUUGUUGAAAUUUGUUAGUGCGAAUGCUGUAGGUGGGAAUGGGCAGAAGCUGGAGGACAGUGGUGAAGCUAAGAGGAAAGAGUCCAAUGUAUCCUUACCUCAUGUGCGAAACAGAAACAGCCCUGAUCAUGAGAAAUGUGUGUGGGUGGAGGAUCUCCAGGAUGACAGAUUUGAGGCACAUAAUAGGGUGAUUGAUGAACUUCACACAAAUCAUUCUAUACCCAAUGCUUGUAGUAAUGUACAUUUCAGAGAAGAAGAGAUCGUAACAGAAGAAAAAUCCAAUGAUGUGAACAUAUCUGAAGCACAUCUGUCUGAUUUUAUAGAAGACAGAGAAAGACUACAAGCAGAAGAUGCAUCACGAAUGGAUGAAAGUCAGAAUGAAGGAAGUUUUGAAGAGGAUGAAGAGCAAGCACAGCCUUUGACUACUUGUAACUCGGAUGAGGUGAUGACUGUAGAUGAGGGACUUCAUGCACCAAGAGAAGGAGCACAGGACGGACUUGAGGCGUCUGCAGAGAAUAAAGGCAAAAGGGAUGGUGAACACAAAUUGCAGCCAGAAGCACCAACAUCACGGCCAAAGCGUUUCAAACAAAGAGCUCAAAAAAAGGCACGGCCUCAGAAUGCUGGUUUACAAAGGAAAUUAUCCCCUCAUAAAUAUAUGACUCCAGUGAAAGAUUCUAGGAAACCAAAUGACGAUGUUGCUACCUCUAAAAACAAAAAAGUUACUGCCUCCAACAAGUCAAGACAAGCCAGGGAGUCGCCUAAAAAAUUCACGAAGAUGACUUUUCCUAAUGUGAAACGAAAGAGAUUAUUCUGGACAGCUGAAGAGGAAGAUAUGUUAAAGGAAGGAGUGCAUAAGUUUUCAACUUCAGCAAACAAAAAUAUUCCGUGGAGGAAAAUUUUGGAAUUCGGUCGUCAUAUAUUUCAUACGACCCGUACCCCUGUAGAUCUCAAGGAUAAGUGGAAGAAUAUGACGGCCAAAGAUUCAUCUACAAUUAACAAAGAAUCACCCUAAUACUUACAACUUGAAAGGAAGGUAUUUUUGUAGCGGCUAUUUGCUGGGUUGCGAAAGGAGUGGAACAAACGGUUAAUAGAAGGUUUGGUGUUUGUGACUGGCAUUGCGACAAAGGGCAUGGUGCCAGCAUCUACUGGAGUCCCCAUCUACCCGACAUUGUGAAUUGGUCUCCCCACGCAGUUUCUGUAUUUGUUCUCAUGAUGUCUAAUUAUACGAGUAUAACACUAGGAAGACUAGUUGGAUUGUGAAUUUUGUGUAUCCUAUUCUAUGUAUGUAAUCGACACGAACUUUUGUUUAUCAAUGAAAAUGAAAUUCGUAUUAUGAAGAGUAAGCGAGGAAAAACCUUUUGCUUUCUUCCUCUUGUAUGUGACGGACCGGUACGAUCGGCCCUUGUAUCAUAUCAACAUUUUUUAUUUAAAUUUUAAAUAAAAGAAGACGGUACCCGUAA